GCUAGCGAGCAAGGUAACACGGCAGCCUCCACGACCCAUCCCUCCUCCUCCUCCUCCUCCUCUCUCGUCUGAUCGGAGAAGAUGAAGCACCUGGUGGAGGUGGAGCCGGCGACGGAGACCGCCGGGCCGGCGUACCGGAACGCGCGGGCCAAGGACGGCCUCCUGCAGCCCCCGCCGGGGCUCAACAGCUGCUGGGACAUCUUCCGGACGGCCGUGGAGAAGUACCCCAACAACCCGAUGCUCGGUCGCCGGAGCGUCGUCGAUGGCAAGGCAGGUGAGUACACCUGGGUGACUUACAAGCAAGUCUACGAUGUCGUGAUGAAGCUUGCAGCCUCCAUCAGCAAGUCCGGAAUCAAGCAGGGUGAAUGCUGCGGCAUAUACGGCGCGAACUGCCCGGAAUGGAUCAUCAGCAUGGAGGCUUGCAAUGCGCUUGGGGUUUGCUGCGUGCCGCUCUACGAUUCCCUCGGUGCUGGGGCAGUAGAGUUUAUCAUAUGCCAUGCCGAAAUCCAGGUCGUAUUUGUGGAGGAGAAGAAGAUCGCAGAGCUCCUGAAAACUUGCCAUGCCACCUCAAAGUAUCUGAAAACAAUCAUAAGCUUUGGAGGAGUCACUAAUGACCAUAAAGAGGAAGCUAAAAACCAUGGCCUGUCCAUUUUCUCUUGGGAGGAAUUCCUGAUCACGGGUGGCUCUCAUCAAGUUGAUCUGCCUGAAAAAAAGAGAUCUGACAUCUGUACCAUAAUGUACACAAGUGGCACAACAGGAGACCCUAAAGGAGUUAUGUUAUCAAAUGAAAGCCUUGUUGUAAACGUUGUGGGCCCUGAUUCUGUACUUCAGUAUGUUGGUGAAGUUUUUGAUCAAGACGAUGUUUAUUUGUCAUAUCUUCCACUAGCUCAUGUCUUUGAUAGAAUGUUUGAGGAAGUGUUCAUUUAUCAUGGGUCGAAAAUUGGAUUUUGGCGUGGGGAUGUCAAACUAUUGGUUGAUGACAUUGCAGCCCUAAAACCAACAGUAUUCUGUGCUGUUCCACGUGUACUUGACCGGAUAUAUUCAGGUCUUACAGCCAAGAUCUCUGCUGGUGGUAUACUGAAGAAGACUUUAUUCAACAUUGCUUACAAGAUGAAACUGGACAGCAUGAGGAAAGGAAUUAAACAUGAGAAAGCGGCUCCAUUCUUUGAUAAAUUAGUUUUCAGCAAGGUGAAAGAAAGGCUUGGUGGAAGAUUAAGAGUUAUUGUGUCUGGUGGUGCCCCUUUAGCUGUACCCGUGGAAGAAUUUUUAAGGGUUGUGACUUGUGCUUAUGUUGUUCAAGGCUAUGGACUGACGGAAACUUGUGCGGGCUCUAUAGUUUCAAUACCAAAUGAAUUCUCAACGGUUGGGACUGUUGGUCCACCAGUCCAACAUGUAGAUGUACGCCUCGAGUCAGUUUCAGAGAUGGGUUAUGAUGCUUUGUCCAGCAUCCCACGUGGAGAGAUAUGCAUAAGGGGAAGUGUUCUAUUCUCUGGAUACUACAAAAGAGAGGACCUCUCACAGGAAGUCAUGAUUGACGGAUGGUUUCACACAGGAGAUGUUGGUGAGUGGCAACCAGAUGGGUCCUUGAAAGUCAUUGAUAGAAAGAAGAAUAUAUUCAAGCUUUCUCAGGGAGAAUACGUUGCGGUGGAAAAUCUAGAGAAUGUGUAUGGUGUUCUUCAAGAGAUAGAUUCGAUAUGGGUAUACGGGAAUAGUUUUGAAUCGUGUCUCGUUGCCGUUGUCAAUCCGAACCAACAAGUUCUUGAGCAUUGGGCUGAACAACACGGUAUUACUGGAAAUUUUGCUGAGCUAUGCAAAAAUUCAAGAGCUAAAGAGCAUAUUCUCACAGAACUCACAAAGAUUGCGAAGGAAAAGAAGCUGAAAGGCUUUGAGUUCAUAAAAGCUAUACAUCUCGACCCGUUACCAUUUGAUAUCGAGCGUGACCUCAUCACCCCAACAUACAAGAAAAAACGGCCACAGAUGCUCAAGUACUACCAGGGGGAGAUUGAUGCGCUUUACAAGGGCUUGAAGUAAGGUGGCGGCAUUGCUAGGCUGUCGAUGGCUUUCAUGUGAUCCACCAAUUUGCAUUCAUGUUAUUUCAGCAGUGUAUAUUCAUAUUUGUGAUUGUAUGGAAUGAUAUCCAUGUGUUAUGUUUGUGUGUACAUGUAAACCUUACAAGACUAUGCAUUUCAUACGCUUGGAAUUAAUGAGUGCAGUUGAAUGUUUUGAAUUAC